AUGGUAGAGAAAUGUAAAAAUGUCAUUACUUCAACUACUCAAGUUCAGUUUUCAAAACUUGGAAGAGUUUAUUGCAGUCAGGAACUGCUACCUUUGAAUGAAACUGACGCAAGACAGCUACUGAAAAACGUGACUGAGGAGAUUGAUCUAGGAGACUAUGAGAGUGCAAUGAUAACGCUUAGUGAAGGAUUGCCACUACUGAUCCUCAUGAUCGGAUCAGAGUUAACAGAAGACGCAGGGAUGAUAACUCCGAAAAAUAUGGUUGAUCUUUUACUCACUUGUAGACUCAAGGCAUUGAGUAGAGAAUUUUAUCCAGAGGAAGAUAGAGUCGGAGAUGUCUAUAGGAAGUUUCUUGAUCGACUUGACGAAGUGUAUAAGAAUCAUCUCACAGUUUUAGAUUACAUCCCGGGAACAUUCAGUGCUAAACAGGCACAACUUAUACUUGAUAUAAAUACAGUAGAGAUGACCAUGGAGGAAACUUUACUGCCUGCACGCAGACGUAAUAUUCUUCAUUAUGACCUACAAACAAAACGAUUUGGAAUUCAAGGAAUUCUACGCGAAUGUAUAAAGUCAUUCUACAUCAUUAAAAAUUUACCAGAAGUAAGACGAAGAUACAUACAAAUCUUUUCUGCUGUAAUGAUCAAUAUCUCCAAGCGUCUAAAUACAUCUGAUUAUACAAACGCUAUGGCGGAAUAUUUUAUUGAACAACCGAACUUACAGAAGCUGCUGAUUGAAGUAGAGAACACUGCUGAGGACAAUUAUAAGUUCUUCAUAGAAAUGGUGAUCAACUGUACCAAAAUAAUUGAACAAUUUAUGUCUGGAAAUGGUCAAGUAUUUUAUGAGCACUGUUUACAGGCUGCGGAAAGGUAUGGCAAGGACGAGGAUAAGGCAGCGAUCAACAUUGCUGUUGGAAGUUUAUACACAAAUAUUACGGGAAAUUUACUCGGCGGAAAAUCACACUACAAAGCGGCAUUGGACAUUCUAGAACAUCGAGGUGAAAGAUCAUUACUCCUUGCAACAACUUAUCAAAGGAUAGGUUGGAACACACACCUUCAAGGAAAAAACACUAAUGCUAUAAGAUAUUUCAAGAAAUCAUUGGCAAUAACUAUGAUAUCGGGGGAAAAGUUCAAAGUAAUUGCUGUACAAUCAUUAAACAGUAUGGGUGUAUCUUAUACGUUUUUAGGGAAAUUCAAAAAAGCAGAAAAGUACCACUUUCAAUCAUUGAAGCGGUGCCGAAUGUUCCUUGGUGAGAGUCAUCCAGGAAUAGCUGCUUGUUAUAACAACAUUGGGGAAAUGUAUGAUUUAAAAGGUGACACUGAAAAGGCAAUGGAAUACUAUAAAAGAGGACUUGAUAUGAAACUACAAUGCAAUGCUCCUGUUCUAUCGACGGUUCUCUCCUUGUGCAGCACAGCUAAAAUGAUGAUCUCUUUAAGUCAAUUCAAAGAGGCUCAUUCACUUCUAGAUGAUGGGAAUGAAAAGUUGAAGAAAGAAAAGCUCCCCCCGAAAGAAGCCGAAGCGUGCAUAUGCCACACUAAAGGUUUGGUCUAUAAAGAAGAAGGUCGUUAUAAGGACGCAAAGGAAAUGUUCCGGAAAGCAGUAGAUAUUAGACAGAACAUUGCACCAAAUAAUAUCCAGUAUAUUGAGAGUUUAUCGCAUUUGGCAGACAUAUAUAAGAUACAAGGCUAUUUACCAAGUAGUUUGAAAUAUUGUGAAAAGGUUUUACAACUUAAGGAACAAGUAAUAACUUCAACGCCCCACACGUUGGUUAUUGCCGAUACUUUCGAUCGAAUGGCUGACAUGUACAAGAAACAAGAUAAUACGCAUAGAUACGUUGACACCCUAGAGGAAUUAGAAUCAGAACUUCUUCGUUUAGAGCGUGUUUUCCUUUCUCAUCAAAAUGACAGAGAUUUGUAUAAAAUACGGAAUAGACUUAGAGAUUUAGAUGCCUGUUUUAAAGUGGUUCAUUGUGGCAUAUAUACAAGGGAAUAA